UUAUAAUUUGCAGUGUUGCGCUUGAUCGAGAUGUGUCAAAGUGCCUGUGGUAGCGUGUCCUAUGCUCUAGCUUAUGGUCCUGUUGGACCCGCCUUGCCGGCGAUGAACUACAACAACUGCUGUUGUGGUCCCAGUCCGCCGUGUGGUCCUUGGACCUGUCCGCCCAACAGAUGCCGUUGCUGCGGUGAAUGCGGCUGCUUCGGACCCUUUUACUAGAACUAUCCCGUAGGAGCUGUCAUAUAUUGUAUGAUAGACUAAACUAAAUUGAUAUCUUUCUGUAUGCUUGCGUGGGAAGUCGGCGAAGUGUUUUUUCUAGGUUUUGUAAUCAAAUAAAUUGUUUGUUUAUGUAAGAAA